UCUCUCCGCCACAGACAGCGUUUCUCCAGCUGCAGUCCGGCCCUGCAUAAAGGAAGCAGAACCAAGAAAAGGCGUUUCGGUAGAGAAGCAGGAGGGAUGACUUCCGUAUGCUUAGUCCUUCGGCAGUCGUCCUUCGGCGCAGUAACGUUACCGUGGUCGGUAGCAGACGGCAGCCAGACGUCCAUGUGGAGACCGUGGUUAUCCAGCAGCAGGGAGGGACUGGAGCCAUGCUCAAGGAACAAGCUGUCUUGUCCUUACUCAAGACCCACAGUGCCAGGCUGCCUCUCGUCAGACGGGAAACCUCAGGCCUUCCAGCACCCUGUCAGGCUUUUCUGGCCCAAAUCCAAGUCAUUUGACUAUCUGUACAGCGAUGGAGAGGCACUGCUGAGGAACUUCCCUAUUCAGGCAACCAUCAGCUUUUAUGAUGAGUCUGACAGUGAAGACCAGGAUGAGGAGGACUGGGAGGAGGAUGGCAACUCUGAGGAGUGCCUCAAACAGCAGUCUCAUGUCACCUCCUUCAACUGAGUGGCACAGAGCCUCUCUGUCUUUUAUUUUUUCUUUUUGUCAGAUUAGUACACACUGGAAGAGCAAAGAUAAGAAAGACUAAUCCACUUUUUGUCUUACAAUUCAGCAUGAUUGUGUUUCAAGAAGUCGUCUGCCUUCAUACCUCUCUAACAGGUGUGACCUAAGGCCCUCAGAUAUGCUUAGAGGAUUAAUCCUGCAACACUGGGGCAAACAUUUAAAGAUUUGAGGGGAGCAGAAUCUCAAACUAAUGUGUAGAAUUAGUCUGAAUUAUACUACCCACUGUACAGUAGAAUGCAGAAUAUGUUACACACUGUUCUUGUUUCAGUGUGUGGUGAGAGAGGGAAGCCUCAGCGGUGUCAUGUUCUCUCUUUUUGGGAUAGUUAUGUUUCAGUCAGUCUCAGGGUCUGAUCCUUCCCAGUGUACAUAGAUUGUACUUUCCACACUUUUUUAACUUAUGAUGUACAUAACUUGUAAAUAAAAACAUAUUUAUGUUGACUUAUUUUUUUAUACAUUUGUGCAUCAGUCUCAGUGUGUACUGUCCAAAUAAUGUUCCAACAAAAAAUAAAAGAACCUAUUUUGGGAAUGAA